AGGCUGUGCAGCAGGAAGCAGAGGGCUGCAGGGCUCAGCCUCCCGGAAGUUGUUGCUGUUCUCGCUGUGUUACAGUGUGUCAGCGCAGAAUUGUCUCCCUGGCACCACAGGCACAGCCAUGGAGGAUAUGAUGAGGCCCCAGCAUCUCUCUGCCCGGGUCCUGCUGCCCCUCCUCCUCAGCCUGGCCAUGGUGGCGACACAGACCAGCUCUCCGGUGCCAGCCCCCCUCACCAGACCUUGCAGCUUCUACACCGGGAAGUCCUGUGAAGAAUGCCUGAAAAAUGUUUCUUGCCUGUGGUGUCUGACAAAUAGCACAUGUCUGGAGUACCCUGUCAGAUCCAUCCUGCCCCCCUCCUCCCUCUGCGCCAUGUCAGCCGCCAGAUGGGGGGCUUGUUGGAUAAAUUUUGAAGCGUUGAUCAUCGCAAUGGGCGUGGUGGCAGGAAUCCUUGUGCUGAGUAUUAUAGUUUGCUGUUGUUACUGUUGCUACUGUCGAAAGAGUUCAAGUUCGCGCCUAAGACUGGAAGCAGAAGAAGAAAAUCUCAUCCGAGAACGUGAGAAGAGGAAACAAGAGUCCCUACAGAGAAAGAACGAAAGGACCGUAAAACACAAUGAGAUCCGGAAGAAAUACGGCCUCCUGCAAGAUAUGGAUCAUCCCUACAGCAAAUUUGAUAACGAGUAGAUUUGGAUGAGACCCGUGGAUUUGAUUCCGUCCUGCCGCAUGAGCAAAACCCUGCAGAUGCCGGACUGACCGCAGAUUAUUUCCACAGUGUGAUGAGUGCAUGAGGCUCCUGGGGUGCUUAACGCUGACCGUACACCUAGUGAUAGUUGCUAACGAUCCGACCGAGGUCAACCAUUGUGUCUGUGGUACUGAAGAGAUCUGUUCCCACCCACAGGACUGGAUUCUAUUGGUGGGAACAAGUAUCUGAACUUUAAACGUUUUUUUUCCCCGUCAUUUAUUUUUAACCCUUUGAUUAGAGGAAGGAUAUGCACAUAAAUAAUAUUCGCAAUGGUCGGAACUUCAUUUUCAUUGCUCCAGAUAUCUUCACUUCACAGCUUCCUGAUUUCGACUGCUCAGAAUUUUAAAGCGGGCCUGUCACCUCUCCCGACAAGUCUGUAAUAAUUCUGCUGUCCCUCUGUUAUUCCUCCUGGACACUGGGAGUUACCAUUCUCUUUGUCAGUAGGCUGGAUGUAUACAAUAUGACAUUAUCAGCACUGAUUGGACACUGUCAGACUGUAAGGAGAAAGGGGACUCCCAGCUGUCAAUAUAUUUAUGCAUUUCCAGGUGGAAUAACCAAGGUAAACCUGAACGUGACACUCCAGAACGCUUCUGUUAUAGAGAAUAUAAGAAGAGUUGGCCGCUUUCUUCCAGAAACAGCGCCACAACUGUCCAUGGGUUGUGGCUGGUAUUGCAGCUCAGCGCCAAUGACGUGAAUUGAGCUGCAGUACCACAUACAACCUGUGGACAGGUGAGGCACUGUUGUUACAAGACAGCAGCCAUGUUUUUCUGAUCCUCGAUAACUCCUUUUGCAUGCCACUUUUUGUGUGAUUUUUUUUUUUUUUAGCUUUUGAUUUUCCUUUGGAUGUGAAAUGUUUCUAUCUUUUAUGAUUUUUGGUUUUAUAUAUCUGUAUAUUAGAUGUUAUUAUGGUCUUGCUCAUUGCAAUGUAUUUAAAGGGGUAUUCCCAUCUGGGACAUUAAUGGCAUAUCACUAGUGUCAGCUAGAUGCGGGUCCCACCGCUGGGACCAGCUCCAUAACAGGGCCCCGCCACCCUUCAUUCACCACUAUGGGAGUUCCGUAAAUAACAGAGCGCCGCCUCAGCAAUUUCUGGCAGUCCCCUAGCGGCGAACGGAGAAGUGGUUGCGCUUGCGCGGCUUCCUCUCCAGUCACUGCCAUGGGACUUCCAAGAACAGCCGUGCGCGUUCGCUCAGCUAUUUUCAGAGCUCCCAUACCAGUUAAUGGAGAGCAAGCCGCGCAAUGUGCUGUCCUUCACUUUGGGGGUCCCGUUCUCGAGAUAGGAGAGGGUCGCAGAGGUGGGACCCGCACCAAUCUGACAUUGAUGGCAUGUCCUAGCGAUGUGUCAUCUCUAUAACCACAUUCUUGUAGGGUUAAUGUAAGAUUACAAAAUAAAGGGUUGAUUCCCCCCCCCCCCACGUCCACGGCCUGAUAUUGUAGCUCGACCCUGUUCAAGUGAAUAACUGCAGUACCAGACACAACCUAUGGAUAAGAGUGGCGCUGCUUCCAGAUAACGAGCAUACCUCAUAUUUUCACCCCCGUAAAAGUCUCAUUCACAGGACUGUAUGGUCUGCAUUUUAUGCGGAUCGCACGCGGAUCCAUUCGUUUCCACGGGGCCACAAAAAAUGCGGACAGCAUGUCCUUUCUGCAUCCGGCUGAUGCAGAUUAUAGAACAUUUCCUGUUUUUGUCUGUUUUGCGGUAAGAAUAGGCAUUUUUACAAUGGGGCCUGCAAAAAGUGCAAGAUGCACGCGGACCACAUCCGUAUUUUGCGGAUCUGAGAUUUGUGGACCGCGAAAUGUAUACAGUCACGUGAAUGUAUCUAAGGGCUCAUUCACAUUUCCAUGUCCGUUUGAUGUCCAUGGAAAAGCCGUCCGUCUGAAAAUGAUCGUGAAGGAUCCGUGUUUAGUCCGCGUGUCCGUUUUUUGGCCCUCGUAUUCCAUGGACACUGCUCAGCUGAAAAUGUAAUUUCCAGAACAUCUCCCACCAACGGUCCACAGAGCAUGGAUGCCAUCCGUGUUGUGUCAGUGAUUUUUUUGCAUCACAAAAAAAAAUAGUUUACGUCUCUGUUGGGCCCUCUACCAUGGAUCAGUGGAAAAUCACUGUGAACAAACACAUUAAAGGGCAUCUGUCAGCAGUUUUGUGCCUAUGACACUGGCUGACCUGUUAAAUGUGCACUUGGCAGCUGAAGGCGUCUGUGUUGGUCCCAUGUUCAU